AGCGUGGCUCGUCACCCCCCUAUCCUCGGGACGCACCGCAACAGCUGCAACACUCCGACGCAGCACAAAGCGAAAGAACAACCCGAGAGAAAGGCAAAGCGCCGCCCGGCGAAAGCGGCGUCGGCGGCGAUGUUGCGGCAGAUGCGGUGGCUGACGGACAGGGAAGGGAGGUGGGAGCUGGACGUGGAGUCCCCGGCGACGAUGGAGGGCACGGCGCGCCCGGUCCCGGGCGACCCGCUGCCCCUGGGCCUCUCGCGGGGGCCCCGCGUCACCCGCACCAAGCAGCUCGACUUCUUCCACCGCUUCAUGGCCUCCCCGCUCGUCCCAUCCUUCUCCGCCUCCCGCGCCGGUCUCUCCCUCCAUCACGCGCACCUCCUCCAUCUCGCCCACAACUGGUCGUUUACUAUCUUGGAGCAGCUUCAUGUACAGCAGCUUGUGGCAGUCGUGAAAGAGAAGUUGUCAAAUCGGCAAGAAGGGGUCCCCUGGUCCAAUGAUCUCAAGAGGCAUUUGCGCGAUGUCAUUUCUCUAGGUGUUGGCACGGAACUCUUGAUCACACCAGACACGGAAUUGCUGCUGGAGUUGUACAAUAUCAACAAGGGGGACCGAGGCAAAGCGAUUAUUCACCACAAGCUUCCUCAACAAAAUCUUACAUUAGCAGCGUCCUGGCCUGGGUUAUUUGUUGAUAAACAGGGGGUGUACUGGGAUGUGCCUUUAUCAUUGUCAGCUGAUCUUGCUUCAGUCGGCUCCAGUUCUGGAUUGAGUUAUCAUCUAUUGUUACAACAGAAUAGCGGGGAGCCAAAAUGUUUUGGUGGUGAUGAAACCAAUGAUGUUCCUCUCGCUCUGCUACCUGGUUUGUGUGCUAAGGCAGCUAUUUCCAUCAAGAGAAGUAUUGAUGCUUGGAGGAAGAAAGAAGACAAGCUAAAAAUGGUUCAGCCUUAUGAUGCAUUUCUCUCAGACCCUCAUGUUUCAUUCACUGGAAUUGUUGGUGCAGUAGCCAGUGGUUCUUUGGGGGAUUGUUCAAAAAGAAUUUCAGUGCCAGACGAAAUGCGAAAAAGCAAUGCCUUCAGAGUGUUCCACGAGAGGAAUAAGUUUGCUGCAUUUGCAGAUCUCUUUGCUUCUGUUACUUUUACAGCUCAACAUGGAAAUUUCCAGAGGCUUUUCCUGGAUUUGACAAGGGUCAGUGCCCGAUUAGAUAUAUCCUCGGGAUCUUUGUUCUUACGUGGUGCUUCUCGUCUAGCGCAAGAUUUUUUCUUCUCUAGACGCCCUGAUUUAGAGACAUUCUGUGAUGUUUGUCCAGAUGUGAUUGUUUCUCUUCAACAACAGUUCAGCCAAUAACCUUAAGGUGGAAGAGUUUUUGCCUGACAUGCAUUGCUAUUUGAUUAAUCAAGGUGUCGAAGAGCUUAGUUAUACUGUCACUUUCCAGCAGGAAUAGAUUGACACAAUGCUAUUCUAUAUCAAACAUAAUACAUACAUCUCUAUGUUUUCUUUAGGAAAACUUGAUUGGUGUCCUGUCAUAUGUUAAUUUUAUCUUGGUAACAUUUUCUUGAAAUCAAUAAGCAAAUUGGUUAGGAGAAGGUAUCCAGUAACUGAACUCUGCCAGUUACCAUUAGUUUUCUGACUGAUGGCCAGUCUAUUGGUUUAGCAUAGAGGAUCAAGACCAUUACCAAAAGUUCCUCCCAAGGAUCCUAUCAUAUUGGGUAUCUGUUCCCCGCCUUUUCCCGCUAGGAUCGGGAAUCUUACAUUUUCCAUAUCCAUAUACUCCCUCCGUCCCAUAAUAUAAGACGUCUUACAUUAUGAGACGGAGGGAGUGCCAUUGAAUCCUUGGGGUUCCAGAAUCCGCCUAUUCUACUUUCCUAUCUUUUUUGUUUUCUUCGAUCGUUUCAGUUAUUUGUCAAACUGUACACAAGGAUUAGAAAAGUUGGGUACUGAGGACUAACAAGUAAAACAAGUAUUAAGAGAAGCUAGCAUAUAUUGAUCUAUUGCUAAUGGAUGCAUCGCAUGAGAGCUUAAUCAUGUCAUGAGUUAGGAUUAGGUUAUGCUUAGAUGUAGAACUCCAAACUCCUUAGCUAUUAGUAAGGUCGAUACUGAGCCUUAGAGAAAAUGCGUGGUAGCAGGUACUAUGGGGCUAUGACCUGUAUUGCAAGUCCUAUUGCUUAUAACUUCUCCCACCAGUUACUCUGUUAUUGCGGAACACAUUUCAUUACUGAAAUCUCAGAGGCUACAGGAUAAUUUUUUGCCACCACAUGUCAGUGACACAUGGAGUGCCAUGUAUGAAUACCAUUUGUUUCAAGUGGCAAAUACUGUUUUUUCCCUGUGUAGUUACCUUUUUGGCUUGAUGGGUUUUAUUACUGUUAGAUGGUAUCACCUUCCUAGAACUUAGGAAUCAGUACUGGUAAGUACUCCCUCUGUAAACUAAUAUAAGACCUUUUAUAUCAUUUUUCUCCUGUUGCCUUCCUUCAAUAUAUUCCAAGCAGAUGAAUUAACCAGACAAGAGGAUCGCAGUGUGCAGGCACUACAAAGCUAUCAUAAAGAGUUAAAAACUCAGUAAAGCUA